UUUGCUCUCAAGCUUCCAAUCCAAACCUUCUCCUGCAACUCUAAUCUCUAUAGUUGCAACAGUACCCACUUCCACUUUUCUCACAUCAACUGCUUUUAACUAUCAUCUUCUUCAACAAGCUUUUGCUUUUCAAUAUCCAGAGAACAAGAAAAUGGCUGCUUCUUCAGUUCUCAGAUCAAGCUUUCUUCCUUCUCACAAACCCACCAUCACUUCCAAUGUCUCCAACAACAAAAGAAAGUUCAAUGGAGUAGUUGUUGCUGCUUUGGAUAAUAAUGCAAGUGAUGAUAAUAAGAAUGCUAUGGUUAUGAGAGAGGAUCAAACACAGCAGAGAAGAUCACUUAAUUUCUCGGGAACUAAACCUUCUACUCCAAUUCUUGAUACCAUUAACUAUCCAAUUCACAUGAACAAUCUUUCCGUUCAGGAGCUGGAGACAUUGGCAGAUGAAAUAAGAGAAGAAAUAGUCUAUACAGUCUCCAAGACUGGAGGGCAUUUGAGUUCGAGUCUAGGUGUUGCAGACCUAACUGUCGCACUUCAUCAUGUAUUCAACACUCCUGAAGAUAAAAUCAUUUGGGACGUUGGUCAUCAGGCUUACCCACACAAGAUUUUAACUGGAAGAAGAUCAAGAAUGCAUACAAUUCGACAAACAUUUGGUCUUGCUGGUUUCCCAAAGAGGGAUGAAAGUGAACAUGAUGCUUUUGGAGCUGGACACAGUUCGACAAGCAUAUCAGCUGGUUUAGGUAUGGCAGUUGGUAGAGAUUUAGUGGGAAAGAACAAUCACGUAAUCGCAGUUAUUGGAGAUGGUGCUAUGACUGCUGGACAAGCAUAUGAAGCAAUGAAUAAUGCAGGAUAUCUUGAUUCAAAUCUUAUUAUUAUAUUAAACGACAACAAACAAGUUUCUUUGCCUACUGCCACCGUAGACGGUCCUGCACCACCCGUCGGUGCUCUGAGUAAAGCCUUAACAAAGCUUCACUCUAGCAGAAAGGUUCGCCAAUUGCGUGAAGCUGCAAAGGGAAUCACAAAGCAAAUUGGAGGACAAACACAUGAACUUGCAGCUAAAGUUGAUUCAUAUGUGAGAGGAUUAGGAGGUGCUACUAAUGCUUGUUUGUUUGAAGAAUUAGGUCUUUACUAUAUUGGUCCAGUUGAUGGGCACAGUAUAGAGGAUCUUGUGACAAUAUUACAGAAAGUUAAGUCAUUACCAGCACCAGGACCUGUUCUUAUCCAUUGUAUUACAGAGAAAGGGAAAGGUUAUUCUCCAGCUGAAAUUGCUGCUGAUAAAAUGCAUGGUGUUGUGAAAUUUGAUCCUGUCUCUGGAAAGCAACUGAAGUCGAAAUCGAAUACUAAAUCCUACACCCAGUACUUUGCAGAGUCUUUGAUUGCAGAAGCAAAGAACGACGAUAAAGUAGUAGCAAUUCAUGCUGCAAUGGGAGGGGGAACAGGACUUAACUUGUUUCAGAAACAAUUCCCAGAUCGAUGUUUCGAUGUUGGGAUUGCAGAACAACAUGCUGUUACAUUUGCUGCUGGUUUAGCUACUGAAGGCCUCAAGCCUUUCUGUGCUAUCUACUCUUCUUUCUUACAAAGAGGAUAUGAUCAGGUGGUUCAUGAUGUAGACCUCCAAAAGCUUCCAGUUAGAUUUGCAAUAGAUAGAGCCGGUCUUGUGGGUGCAGAUGGUCCAACCCAUUGUGGUGCUUUUGAUGUUACUUACAUGGCUUGUUUACCAAACAUGGUGGUUAUGGCUCCUUCUGAUGAGACUGAACUUAUGCACAUGAUAGCCACCGCUGCAGCCAUUGAUGACCGUCCUAGUUGCUUUAGGUACCCUAGAGGAAAUGGUAUUGGCACCGUUCUCCCACCAAACAACAAAGGGACACCACUUGAGAUUGGAAAAGGAAGAAUAUUGAGAGAGGGAAGCAGAGUGGCAAUAUUGGGGUAUGGAACAGUAGUCCAAAAUUGCUUAGCAGCAGCUGAUCUUCUUCAAAAAAUGGGUAUCUCAGCCACGGUUGCUGAUGCCAGAUUCUGCAAGCCACUCGACGGAAACUUGAUCAGACAAUUAGCUCAAGAACAUGAAAUUCUUAUUACAGUUGAAGAAGGAUCCAUUGGAGGAUUUGGCUCUCAUGUCUCCAAUUUCUUGUCCUUAAAUGGAUUAUUAGAUGGACAUCUCAAGUGGAGACCAAUGAUGCUUCCUGACAGAUAUAUAGACCAUGGAUCUCAAACAGACCAAAUUGAAGAGGCCGGGCUCAGUUCAAAGCAUAUUGCAGGGACAGUAGUGUCACUAAUUGGAGGACAAAAGGACAGUCUUCACCUUCUUAACCUAUAAAUCAAUGGAGUUACGAGGAGAACACUUUGUUUGGAGUGUAAAAACUGAACCAUCUACAGUGACGACUAAUUGUAUUUGCAAAAUGAGUCCCCUUCAAUCAUUUUGUAUAUCUUGAAUUAAGAGUAAGAACUGUCUUCUAAGCAAAAAUAAGUCAACAUUGUUGUACUCCGCAUGUCGACAGUAUUGAAAAACAAAAAGAAAAGCAGUAUAAAAAAUUUCCUUGUAUUUGUAUUGGCGAAUUCCAUUUUUUAAUUUUAAACAAUUUCAUUUAAUUAAUUGUCACAUCUUAUAUUGCUUAAUCAGUCA